UCAUGUGGCCCCGUAUCAACUCCUUCAGAUGUCAAACCAUGGCUGACUUUGGAGCCAUGCUCAGGCACGUCGGAGAGUUCAGAACCUUCCAGAAGCUCAUCAUUUGUGCAGUUUCUUUCCCGACAUCAAUAUUACCUUUCGAAUUUGCCUGCUUAUAUUUCAUCCAGUCGGACCCGGAGCGGCAUUGCGACACGGACUGGAUCCUGAAGGCCGACGCUAACCUGACCCGGCAGGAGCAGCUGAACCUGACCGUUCCCCUGGAGCAGGACGGUUCUUUCAGCAGGUGUCGCAUGUUCGCUCCGGUGGACUGGGACAUCGGGACCAUCAGGGAACGCGGACUCUACGAGACCACGGUGUGCAAAAAUGGUUGGGUGUACAACAGUGAACUUUAUACAGCCACCAUAGUCACUGAUUUCGAUCUGGUAUGUGAUCGGGCUCAUUUACCACAACUGGCACAAACCGUAUUGAUGACUGGCAUUCUGUUUGGUUGUCUCUUAUUUGGACCUUUUGCUGAAUCGUUUGGUCGCAGACGAGCAGUUCAAAUUCCGAUGGUUGCAAACCUCAUUUUUAUUGUCGCCAGUGCCUUGUGCCCCAACUUCCUGCUUUUUCUGCUCUCCCAGUUUUUGAUUGGCGUUGGCUAUGGAGGUUUUCGGAUGAAUGCAGUUAUAUUAGCCACAGAGUGGAUUGGUCCGUCCAAAAGGUCUUGGGGAGCAUGCGUGACCCAACUAUCUAGUUCAGUUGGACAGACCGUCCUUGCUGGUCUGAUCUACGUCAUCAGAGACUGGAGACUAGCUCAGUUUAUCACCGCAGUUCCACUGGCAGUCAUUUGUAUUUAUAUAUGGUUCCUUCCAGAAUCCGCCAGGUGGUUGUUGGACAGAGGGAGGACAGAAGAAGCUAAAGAGUUGCUGUUAAAGGUGGCGGCUGUCAACAAACGCACCGUCACAGACUCUCUCCUGGAAAAGAUUGUCGUGAUAGAGAAAACAGAGAAAAAGAGCGGCGUUUCAAUACUCUUCCAGUCAUCUUUGCUUCGGAAGUAUUUCUUUAUCGUAUCAUUUGCAUGGUUCUCAGUGAAUGUUGGGUUUUAUUGCAUUUCAUUCAAUGUGGGGACCUUUGGAUUGGACGUAUUCUUGACACAGCUCUUGUUUGGUCUGACUGAAGUGCCUGCUCAGAUUCUUUGCCUGUGGCUGCUGGAAGUACUGGGGAGAAGAAUAUCCAUCAUCUCCACACUCCUGGCUGGGGGGCUCUUAUCUGUCUUGAUGCUCGUGGUCAGUCCAGGGUAUCCUGUUGCUGUAACUGCACUGGCGACGUCAGGGCGUUGCCUAAUGAACUGGGUCGCAUCCAUAUGUAAUGUUUACGUUCAAGAGUUAUUCCCAACAUCCUGUCGGCAAACAGCCUCAGGUUUUGGCUCUGUCGCAUGCCGGGCUGGUGGUCUGAUCGCCCCUUUGGUCAACAUGCUGGCUACGUACCACCGGUCCAUACCUAUCGUUAUCUUCAGCGGCCUGGCGCUGAUCAGCGGGGCUCUCGGCUUCAUGCUUCCCGAGACUCAAGGAAUUGAACUACCAGAUUCGACCGACGAUGCUGAGGGCAACAGAAGACGACCUGGAAAGUUGUAAAUAAAACAUUCACACCAA